AUGUUCAAGCGAGCGAAACGAGUGAACCUGCGCCGCAGAAAUGACUCUGACGAUGAGGAGAUGGAGGAGCGCAAGGACCAGCCUCUGCUGGCACCGACCAUGUUUGGGCCUGUGGCGGAGAUCCCCUUCAUGGGCACCUCCAGCGCCGCCGAGAUCAGCCAAACCAACGGAUUCCUCUUCAACACAAUCAAAGCUAUAAAAAAGGAAAAGAAGAUUAAAGAGACUCCCCCCAGUCUGGGACCCACUGCUGUCAGCGUGCUGAGCUUUGAGGACGAGGAAGAAGGAUCCGAGGUGUUCAGAGUGAAGAAAUCGACUCACAGCAAAAAAAUUGUAAAGCAGCUUAAAAAGGAAUACAAAGAAGAUUUGCAGAAAACGGUUCAUGUGAAACAUGAGCACAAAUUCGAAGUUCCUCCAGCACUUGCCAUCAAAGAGGAAGCUUCCAGCCAACCUGAUAGUGAUCAUGGCGAGGAGGAGAUGGAGGUGGACAGCACUGAUGAUGCAGAAGAUGUGAAAAGUGCUGCAAGAAGCAACACUGCUGGAACAUUCAAUACUGUGUCUACUCUCAGCACGCUGAGGCCUGGGGAGAUACCAGAUGCUGCUUUUAUUCAUGCUGCAAGAAAGCGUCGUCAAUUGGCUCGAGAGCAAGGUGUUGAGCCGCCCCCACCAGAGCCAGAGGUCUCUAAGCGAUUAGUACGUGAGGAAGACCAAGUUAGUGACGACGAUGAUGAUGAAAAGAGGAUUCGCUUCAGUGGAGUCAAGAAUAAAACCCAACGACAAAAAAUUGCUGAAGAGAUCGGAAUUGAAGGCAGCGAUGAUGAGGCCCUGGAUGCAGGUCAGGAUGAAGAGGUCAGCCGGUGGGAGCAAGAACAGAUCAGAAAAGGGAUCAGCAUACCACAGGUUCAAACGGUUCAGCCAGAGGACAGCAGCAUGUAUUACCAGACUGGAUAUGAGAGUCAGCCCUAUGGUGCAUCCUACAACAUGACUUUUACAUACAGCACAGUGACCCCGCAGCCCGCUCAGCCUGGAAAAUCCAUUAUCAGGACCAAUAAUGGCACAAUGCACUAUGGGAUGUCAAGUGCUGGCAACACUCCUGUAUCCAUUGAUAUGGUAAAGAAACGCCUGCAGGAGAGGCUCAGCCAAAUGCAUAUAGGCAAUAAAGCCAACCUGAGCCGCUACAAACAAAUCAAGGAGGACCUUUCAUCUUCAGAGAGUGCCAUACACGAGAUGGAGGACACUUCAAACGAUAAAGCUGAUCAAUAUAAAUUCUUGCAAGAGAUGCGAGGGUAUGUUCGAGACUUGCUUGAGUGUUUCAGUGAAAAGGUUCCGGCCAUUCUGGAGCUGGAGGCUGCGAUGCACCAGUUACUAAGGCAACGGACAUCUCGACUUGUCCAGAGAAGACAGGAUGAUAUUAAAGAUGAAUCGGCGGAGUUUGCAAGCCUUUCAAGUAAAGCUGUCGUGGCUCCUCUUCUGGGCAGGGAUCGUGCUGUACUGCAAGAACACAGUCGUCAGAGGAGGAUAGCUGAACGAGAAGCUAGAAGAACUCGCCGACGACAGGCGAGGGAGCAGAACGGAAAGAGGGCGGAGCACAAAGAAGGGUUGUCUUCUGAUGAUGAGGAGACCACCCCUGACAUCACCAGCUUCAACAUGGAGAAAGAUCGCAUUACCAAAGAUUGUAAGAAGAUCUUUGAAGAUGUUCUGGAAGAGUUUCAUUCUCUGGACUACAUCAAGUCCCGUUUUGAAGUAUGGAGAAGAGAGUAUCCAGACUGCUAUAGAGAGGCUUAUAUCGGCCUCUGUCUGCCCAAGCUGUUUAACCCUCUAGUUCGCCUACAACUCAUUACGUGGAGCCCUCUUGAGACUGAGUGUCCAAACUUUGAGUACAUGCUCUGGUUCGAGACCCUUUUAUUUUAUGGCUAUGAAGAGAAUAGCGUGUUAAAAAAAGGAGACAUGGACAUCAGUCUCCUACCUGCCAUUGUAGAAAAGGUUAUCCUCUCCAAACUCACAGUGUUAGUGGAGGAGGCGCUGGAUCCCAUGUCCAGUGGUCAGACUGCAAGAAUGGUGAGUUUUAUCCGGAGGCUGAUGAAAGAAUACCCCACUGUCCUGCACGGGGAGAACAAAUACACACAGGAGCUAUUGAAAGCAGUUGUUUUACGUAACAGAAAAUGUAUAGACGAAGAUCUCUUUUUACCCUUGUACCCUAAAAACGUCAUGGACAACAAGAAUGGCAGCCCGUAUCUGUUUUAUCAGAGGCAGUUCUGGUCGUGCAUAAAGCUAUUGAAGAAUAUCCUCCAGUGGGAAGGAAUCCUGUCCACCACAUCUCUGAAGGACAUGGCUCUGGACAGCAUCUUAAAUCGAUACAUAGUGUCCGCACUGCAGACGUCCGACUCUACAGAGGACAACAUCUCCAAGUGUCAGAAGGUGCUGGAGUUGUUGCCCAGACAGUGGUUCGCGACAAUGAAGGGUCAGCAGACGUUGCCGCAGCUAGAACCCCUGUCUCGUUACCUCGCCCACUUGGUCGGCACAUUUUAUCGCAGCAGUAUCGGGGUUUCGGACUUAGAUCGACGUGUUGCCAAGGAGCAUAUAAAAGAAGUGGUGAUGAUACUGAGCCAAAUAAACGCUCUGGACCACAUCCUCCAUGUUGCGACUGAGCAAGGGGUGAAGGAAAUCAAACUGCUUUGGGAAGACAUUUGGGCACGCGUUUGGAGCCCCCCCUUCGUGCGCCUCCGCAGGGUCUACACGGUAAACUGCUUCAAUACAACAACAAAGACCUACUCCACACAGUCUUAUGGUGUAUCCAGUAGAGGUUCCUGUGGAAUAAAGUUACUGUCCCAGACUCCCAGAGAGGCGUGUGUAACCUGUGACCCCCCGGCCGUCCCCCCGGCCUCCUCGUCCCCCAUGGCGUUGAAAAAGCUGGUGUCUUUUGGGAAGCAGCUGCUGAGGGUGAAGGUGGUGAACUGUAACGAAGAAGAAUCCAGACUGUCCCGAUGUCUCAACACAUUCGACCUUGUGGCGCUGGGCGUGGGCAGCACUUUGGGAGCAGGGGUCUAUGUGCUGGCCGGAGCUGUGGCCAGGGAAAACUCAGGACCUGCGAUCGUGCUGUCUUUUCUGAUAGCAGCAUUAGCUUCAGUAUUAGCCGGUCUGUGCUAUGCUGAGUUUGGAGCUCGGGUUCCUAAAACCGGAUCGGCGUAUUUGUACUCUUACGUGACAGUGGGUGAACUAUGGGCCUUCAUCACCGGCUGGAACCUCAUCCUCUCCUAUAUAAUUGGGACCUCCAGUGUGGCCCGAGCCUGGAGCGCCACCUUCGAUGAGUUGAUAGGGAAGAGAAUUGAACUCUUCUGCUCUACGUACAUGCCCAUGAAUGCUCCGGGCGUCUUAGCAAAGUACCCUGACAUGUUUGCAGUGAUCAUCAUCCUCACACUAACAGGCUUACUGGCAUUCGGCGUCAAAGAGUCAGCGAUGGUGAAUAAAGUGUUUACCUGCGUGAACGUCCUCGUCCUGCUGUUCAUGGUGGUCUCUGGACUGGUCAAAGGCACUUUGAAGAACUGGCAAUUAGAUCCUGAACAAAUACUCAACACUAAUUAUACAAGUAACUCCAGCUUCAAUUUAACAAAUGACUUGCCGACUAAAGAACAGUUGGGAGUUGGUGGCUUCAUGCCGUUUGGCUUCUCUGGGGUCUUGUCAGGAGCAGCUACUUGCUUCUAUGCCUUUGUGGGGUUCGACUGCAUCGCUACCACAGGUGAAGAGGUGAAGAAUCCCCAGCGAGCCAUCCCCAUUGGCAUUGUGGCAUCUUUGCUGAUCUGUUUUGUGGCUUACUUUGGGGUUUCCGCUGCUCUCACCAUGAUGAUGCCAUACUACCUGCUGGACAGCAACAGCCCUCUGCCUGUGGCCUUCAACUACGUGGGCUGGGGAGGGGCCAAGUACGCUGUUGCUGUGGGAUCUCUUUGUGCUUUGUCCACAAGUCUUUUGGGUUCCAUGUUCCCGCUGCCCCGUAUAAUCUUUGCCAUGGCACGGGACGGUCUGCUCUUCUCCUUCCUGGCCCGCGUCAGUGAGAGGAAAGCCCCCGUUACCUCCACCUUUGCUUCAGGAGUGAUGUCUGCGAUCAUGGCCUUCCUGUUCGACCUGAAGGACCUGGUGGAUCUCAUGUCCAUAGGCACGCUGUUGGCCUACACUCUGGUGGCAGCCUGUGUGCUGGUUCUUAGAUACCAGCCUGAACAGCCCAGUUUGACCUAUGAGAUGGCCAAUACUCAUGAGGAUAUGGACUUAAUAGAUGGCAUUAGCAUCCCCAGCAUGGGCAUGUUGCCUGGAAUGGAGGAGAGGCUCAGCUUCAGAACCAUCAUGUUUCCAGAAAACCCUGAGCCGUCUGCACUGUCCGGCUACACCGUCAACGUCAGCACAUCACUGUUAGGGGUUUUGAUCCUGAUAUUCAGCAUCCUGGCAGUACAGGGCGGCUUUGCUCUGUGGAACCUUGGUGUUCUCAGCCUCAUCUUCAUUGUGUGCUUACUGUUAGUAUUUAUCAUCUGGAGGCAACCGGAGAGCAAGACCAAACUCUCAUUCAAGGUCCCCCUUUUGCCUUUUAUUCCCGUAAUCAGCAUGUUUGUUAAUGUCUACUUGAUGAUGCAGUUGGAUUCUGGAACCUGGAUCCGGUUUUCUAUCUGGAUGGCUAUUGGUAUGGUGAUCUACUUUGCCUAUGGCAUGCAACACAGUGCUGAAGCUGCAAUGAACCGCUCUUCCUCCGAUGCUGAGAUGCAUAGUUUGAAACCUGACCGUGAACUGGAGUCGAUGGAACGAGAAAAACAAGCGUUCCUCCAUGAUAGCACAGAUGCUUUGGAAGAAGAGGAUUGA